GGUGAGGCCGGUGCGGGGGGGCGUGAUGCGCAGGCGCGCGUUGUCGCUGUGCGUUGCGUGGUACGCGUGCGCGGCGUGGUGUGCGUAUGCAGUGUUCGCCGCGACCGCCGGAGGGCGCGAGCUACGUGUGCUGCAGGCGGACGCGCGCGCCACGUUCUUCGUGGGCAUCGCCGCGCCGCCCUCGGCCGCCGCCGUCGUGCGCGCCUUCAAUCACUCGCUGGCAGAGAUAUCACACACGUACCUCGCUGGCGACAACCCACUUCAUCUACGAAACAUCACACUACAGCCUCUAUACAUCGAGCUACCAGAAGAUGAAAGGUUCAGCGCGCGAUUAUUGGAGCAAACUUGCUCUGCGGUCGGCGGGCGGCGUGUGGCGGUUCUAUUGGUUUGCGGUGGCGGUGACGCGGCAUCCGCUGUUGUGUCGGCAGCGGUACGCGCCGGCGUCCCCGUAAUACGCGCUUCGCCUUCCCACUUACAUCUCUCCUAUACCAUCGCUAAUGAAAUGCUUCCUUUGGAGAUAAGGCUUGAAAUUACCGCAAGAGAAACAUUGCAUGCACUCAGGGCCACGCUUUUGCAUACACAUUGGCAUUCUUUUACUUUACUUGCCGUUGAAGAUAUCUACUCAACGUUCUCUUUGAGAAAAGAUCUAUCUUCAAUUCUUACCACUCAACCACUUAAUCCGAAAUGGCUUUCUCUCCCUACAAAAUAUUCCCGCCAUGCUCUUUUCAGGAGACUUGCUGAGGUUUCAAGAUUAACCCGAGGAGUCGUUGUCUUGAUAUGUGACAUACAUUACGCUAAACUUGUUAUGGAUGAGGCCAAGCGUCUAAAUAUGCUUGAUGGACAUUUUUUCUGGCUAUGGAUUGAUGCUUCCACUGAGUUUGAUGUCUUCCAUAACAUUGGCGAUAGAAAACAAUAUACAGAUAUUAAUGAUCAAGACAAUGAAAGCUUUGGGGCCAAGAGUACCGCAUUAAAACAAGAAGACACACUUGACCGUUACAGAAGAGAUGAUCCAGACAAUAAUUUCAUAAAGGAUGCAAAGGCAGGCAAUAUAUCAAGCAAAUCUAUUAAUUUAUCUGAAAAAAUAUUAAAUAAUGACGAUGGAAUUAAUGUAAAGAAUAGUUCAAUAAAUUCAAUUUUUCGUCGUACUAGUAGAAAUAUAAAUAAGUCGGAAGCGCACAGUGUGAACAACAAAUUAUUAAAUAUAAAUAUUAGUCAGUCAUUUGACAGUAGUCGCAAUAUUAGUUCAGAAGGUGUUAGAAAUUAUUAUGUAAAUAACAAAGGCGUUGAAACUUCUAAAAUCGAAAAGAAUUCAAUUGAGAAGGGAAAGAUGUCCUUCCUUAAUAGAGAUAAUAGUAGACGUAUUAGUUUUAGCAAAAUGAAAAAUGAAUCUUUUAAUAAAUAUGUAAAUAGCAUAAAUGUAGGUAGUGUGAAUGACGACGAGAAUUCGUCGGUAGGAAAACUUAUACAUAAUAAUAAUGAAAAUAGUCCACUGAAAGAUAAUAUAUUACUCGCAAGUGAUAUUAGUGAUUUCUUAAUGAAUCCCACGGUGCAAACGUCUAUAAUGCAUAAUGUAAGAGAUAAAAUGGAAAAAAGAAAAGAUCAUAAUUUUAAAGAAGAAGACGUGAAAGACUCUGAAAGAAACCAAUCCCAAAAUAAUAUUUCCGAAAUUUUUAAUAGUCUCCCGGUGGGUUUAUUGGCAUUGCAUCCACAACCUAUGAAAAUUGAUCCUACAUUCAUUCGUGCGGCAGUACGAAUGGCAGUUGGGGCUUUGCGUCGAGUACUGCAGGCAUGUGACGCUUGGUCAGCUCAAGCUCAGUUCUUCAGUGAUGCGGUUGCAUCUUGUUGGGAUGAACCUAGUGACGCUGCGGCUGAUUUCUCUACAGAAUUUGUUAGAGAAACUCGAAUAGCAUCUGCUGCUGUAUUAUCAGGAGGUACAGGACGUUCAGAAAGAACACUUACAGCUUUCUUUGCUCUUCUGAAUCUAGUACCAGGGCUAGACGGUGAAAAUACAUGGAGGCAAGUCGGGCGAGUUGAAGGCCGCAAAGUUAGUCUUCAUACUAUUGUAUGGCCAGGUGGACGUCUAGUAGCUCAUGGACAGUCAGACGGUGCACGCACCAUUUUUCGGAUUGUUACUGCUCUAGCUCCACCUUUUGUAAUGGAAGGAGAACUUGACGAGGAUGGUCAAUGCCUUCGAGGUUUACCUUGUCACCGUCCGCAAACUUCUGAUCGUGAUAAUCUCACGCUUGCAUUUAAUGAUUUAGACAGAGACACAGAUCAAGAAACAAGUGAUUUCUUUUUCCCCACUCCUAAACCUAUGUACUCUAAAAUGGCUACACAUUGCUGUUAUGGUUUAGCUAUGGACCUUUUAGAAAAUAUAGCUCAAGAAUUGGAGUUUGAUUUUCAUUUGUAUAUAGUAGAAGAUGGUUUAUACGGAUCGAGAAAACUGGUGAAACCAUUCCAUAAAUUUAAUGAAUAUAGGAGUACAACAAAUGAAUUUUUAUUAAACCAGCAAAGCUAUCGUUCUCAAUACCGUAAUGGAUAUAAAUUAUAUAGUGAAGACUAUAUGUUCGGAGAUGAUCCAGAAGAAGAUCCUGAAAAAUGGACUGGUAUUGUAGGUGAUUUAGUUUCUGGAGCUGCUCAUAUGUCAUUUGCAGCUCUAAGUGUAUCCUCAGCAAGAGCAGAAGUAAUAGAUUUCAGUCAACCAUAUUUUUUUAGUGGAGUUUCAAUAUUAGCUGCACCAAAUCAAAGACCUGAUAUACCUUUACUAGCAUUUCUUCUACCUUUUUCCCCAGAAUUGUGGAUAGCAAUAUUUACAUCACUUAAUGUAACUGCAAUCGCUGUAGCAAUUUACGAAUGGUUAUCACCCUUCGGGUUAAAUCCUUGGGGUCGUCAAAGAUCAAAGAACUUCAGUAUAUCAAGCGCCCUUUGGGUGAUGUGGGGUCUCCUAUGUGGACAUUUGGUCGCCUUCAAAGCCCCAAAAAGUUGGCCUAACAAAUUUCUUAUAAACGUUUGGGGUGGUUUUUCUGUGAUAUUUGUCGCCAGUUACACUGCCAAUAUAGCCGCCUUAAUAGCCGGAUUGUUUUUCCAUAAUGCCGUAGACGAUUAUCAAGGACGAAGUAAUUGGCUUUCUCUGCGUGUGGGAACAGCCAAAUCAUCUGUAUCUGAAUACUAUGUCCAACGCAAUAAUCCACAGCUGGCACAACAAAUGCGUCGUUAUGCGCUUCAAGAUAUUGAAGAUGGUAUACAACGGCUCAGAAAUGGCACAUUGGAUCUUCUUAUAGCAGACACACCUGUUUUGGACUAUUAUCGUGCUACUGAUCAUGGUUGUAAACUGCAACGCGUAGGUGAUCAUACUCUUGCUGAGGAUACAUAUGCGAUCGGUAUGGCAAAAGGAUUUCCUUUAAAGGAUAGUAUAUCGGCGGUCAUAGCUAAAUAUUCAUCAAAUGGAUACAUGGAUAUUUUAACCGAAAAAUGGUAUGGAGGUCUACCUUGCUUCAAACUCAGCCCUGAUUAUGGAAUUCAACCAAAACCACUAGGUGUGGCAGCGGUGGCGGGCGUGUUCAUUCUACUUGGAGUGGGAAUGAUCGUUGGCUGCCUCAUAUUGAUUCUCGAACAUCUGUUUUAUAAAUAUACAUUACCGGUCCUACGGCAUCAACCCAAAGGAACUAUUUGGAGGAGCAGAAACAUUAUGUUUUUUAGUCAGAAACUAUACAGAUUUAUAAACUGUGUGGAGUUAGUGUCGCCUCAUCACGCUGCACGAGAACUAGUUAAUACCAUUCGUCAAGGACAUUUCACUUCACUGUUCCAAAAGAGUGUGAAAAGGAAGGAACAUGAACAACGCAGACGCCGCAAAAGUAAAGCACAAUUAUAUGAAAUGAUACAAGCUAUACGAAGGGUGCAACAACGUGACCAUUCUUUGGGCUCUAUAAAAGAACAAGAGCCAGCAGAAACAACUGAAGUAUCAGAAGAACUAACUGAGUCUAAAUUUCUAUCGCCAUCUCCUGAAGUUCCAGCACGUUCCCCAAGACAAGGUCGUUCUCCACGACAACUUCGUUCACCAAGAGGACGUCGAAAAAGAUGUAGCCUUGCUGGUCUCAAUGUGCGAAGAUUUAGCACAGACUCUGUACUUGAUUCAGAGUCGGUGUCCGUUUCCAAUAUAUAUGAGCGAACCAGUCUCAAUAUAGGCAGAAGACUAAGUAGAGACAUCAGCUGUCUAACAAACUCACCACCUGAUAUUAACAGUCGUCUGAGAACGCCAUCACCUAUGGUCAGAAGAGCUGAAGGCUCGUCUACAAGAUCUUAUCAAGAUGUUUCAGAGAGAUCUGAUAACUAUAUAAGUAUAGACGGACCAACAUCUAGAGCUAGUGUAGAGAUUUUAGUUUCUGAAGAAAGUGACUUGCCACCAGUACCACCAUAUCCCAGAGUACCACCAAUGGGCGCGAGAUCAGAGCUGUCGCAAUUAUCUGAAGAAGAACUUAUAAGACUAUGGCGAAGUUCAGAGCGUGAAGUUAGAGAAGCAUUGUUGGCAGCCUUACAAGAAAGACGCGCCAAUUUAGAUCCAAAACAAGAUCCUGGAUGAAAAGCAGUUAACGGUACAUUUUUUGGAAAAAAAUGGUCAGUAGAAUCACUUAGAAUCUCUCAUCGCUGCAAGACAAGAGAGCGAUAAGGAGUAUCGACAUGAAUAUGUGCAGUGGUUGAGUUAGUGCCUUUUUUAUAUUGUUUGAUGCGGACACGUCUUGCAGGCGUUAGUUAGAAAAUCGGUGUUCAUUUCAGUGUCUUGCUAUUAUUAUUAUAUUUGAAGGGCUGCCUUAUUUUAACAUUUAAUUGCUUCACAAUUUCUGGGUCCGCAUCAAACAAUCUAAUGAAU